CCCAGUCUCCUCCUCCCCACAUCUACUCCCCACCCUCCCUCCGCCGCUCCUCGCGGCCUGAAGCCUGAAGCGUCUCCCCGCUGCCGGCGCCCCGGGACAGUCAGUGGCGAGUCAGGCCUGUGCGGACAGCGGACAGCGGACAGCAUGGCCGCGGACGCAGCCAAGGUGGCGCGGAUCGUCAACGAGAUGGUGGCGGAGCGCAGCGAGCGUCUGGACCUGUCGAACUGCAAACUCACCUCUUUCCCGGUGGCACUCUUCAAAAUGAUGAAGGAUGUGGUGGGAAACAUUCGCUUCGUUUCCCUGCAGAACAAUGAACUCAAAUCCAUCGCCGCGGACUUCUUGACCAACUUCAGCCAGUUGCAGGAGUUGAACCUGGAGGGCAACCUCCUGAAAAAGCUGCCCGACGAAGUGAAGACUCUGACACACCUGAAAAGCAUAAACCUGGCGCGAAACAAGCUGUCUGAAUUCCCACACCAGCUGACUGAGCUGGCAGCACUGGAAAUCAUCAACCUGGAGGCAAAUGAGAUCACUGAGAUGCCGCUUGAGAAUCUCAAUUCUAUGCCCUCCCUGAAGCUGCUGAAUCUGAAAUCCAACCCGCUGAACAUAGGAACCCAGCUCGCUGGGCAAAUGCAAAUAAAGUUUGAACUACUGGUGUCGGCUGAAUAGAUGGUUGAUGUGGAUUGGAAUCGGGACUUCCGUGCUUGAAGCGCGCAUUGGCAGGUGCUGCUUCCCUGUGAUGACGGCAUCAGCUCAGCGUCUGGGUUGUAUGUGUGGCUGCAUUUGUUAUUUUGCCAAAGGUGCUGGUUUGAGAAGACCCUGUGUGAAGUGAAUCUGAAGUGAAAACAAGCGAAUGCUUCGAAUUAGCGCCGACUAGAAUGACGACUGUAUUGAACACUUGAGUUUUUUAUGUGCAUAUGUACACUUUCUUUUUCCCUUUACGGACAAUUGUAUGCAAACAAUUUGAAUUUAUCACUGACAAAAUUAUAAUAUAUUUGGAUUACAAUUGUUUACAUUUGAAAAGUAACCAUGCGAAAUGUAGAACAUGAUCUAUUAUUUUUCUCUGGUAACCAUCCAGUUAUCAGCCUUCGGAACGACCGAUGAAUAUUCAGUUUAGUUUACUUUUAGUUCAGUUCAGAGACACAACGCGAAAACCGGCCUUUUGGUCAGCACACCAACACUAUCCUACACACAUGAGGGACAUUUUUUUAAAACAAUUUUUACCAAGCCAAUUAGCCUAUAAACCUGCACGCCUUUGGUGUGUGGCAGGAAACCGGAGCUCACGGAGAAAACCCAUGCAGGUCAUGGGGAGAAUGUACAAACUCCAUACAGACAGCACUCGUCAGGAUCGAACCCGGGUAUCUGGCGCUGUGAGGUCACAGCUCUACCGCUGCGCCACCGUGUUGCCCUUGACAUAAACUUGAAAUUAAUCCCGCAUAAAUUGGAUUGCUUUUUAAACAUAGUGUAUGAUUGAUUAAAAAUAAUUGCAUGAUUGGAUUAAUGGAUUCACCAUUUUAAUUAAAGGACUGGGUGUGUUUGAUUCUUGUGAA